AUGGAUCCUGCACCUAGCAGUUGCCUGCAGAGUUCCCACCCGCCAGUCCCCAUCUGGGGCUGCCUUCGGAACCCCCACGUGGAAGGUGGUGGGGCCUCAGGGCUGCCACAUUACCCGCCAGCUCCACUGUCCUUCCACCAGAAAUCAGACUUUCUAGCGACAGCCACCGCAGCAUACCCUGACUUCUCAGCUUCCUGUCUGGCGGCCACCCCCCACAGCCUGCCCCGGGAGGAGCGUAUCUUUACUGAACAGCACCCUGCUUUUCCACAACCCUCUGACUGGCACUUCCCUGUCUCUGAGGCCCAGCAAAGGCUCAAUCUGGGCCCAGCUGGGAACUCCAGGGAGAUGGGGGCCAGCAGCCCAGGCCUGGUAGAUGCCACAGGAGGACCAGGUGAGGACUUCGGGGUGCUUGCGAGUACAGGCAGUGAAACAGAGAAGAAAUCAUCUGGGCGGAAGAAGGAAAGCUCAGACACCCAAGAGAUUCGAGGGAAGCAGGAGGGCAGCAGCAAGGCUCGCAAGGAGAGGACAGCCUUCACCAAGGAGCAGCUGAGGGAACUGGAGGCCGAGUUCGCUCACCACAACUACCUCACCCGGCUGCGCAGAUAUGAGAUUGCUGUAAACCUCGACCUCUCUGAGCGGCAGGUCAAAGUAUGGUUCCAGAACCGAAGGAUGAAGUGGAAGCGUGUGAAGGGGGGUCAGCCUGUCUCCCCCCAUGGUCAGGACCCUGAAGAUGGGGAUUCUGCAGCGUCUCCAAGUUCAGAGUAAAAUUCUCCCUGGUUGGGGGUGGGGGGGAAUCAACACCAAAAACUAAAGACUGAGCCCCUCCCCAACUCUCUCCACCCUCUCCCUCUCCUCAUCCAUCUCAUAUAUAUUGCAUUAACUCUUGGAGAUGAAGCUGCCCAGCAUGCCUGAAGGCCUCACCUGUUCCAGAAAGUGCUUGCUGGCAUGGCUUCAUCUUAGCUGCCCUUCUCCAGGGUCGAAUAGC